AUGAACACACAUUGCAGUAAUUGUAACAAAUUUCAUGAAUUUAUACGUGGGUUCGACUUAAUCUAUGGAAAGCACAUAAAAGAUCUAGAAGAUUCGUUGUCCCUAAAUGAAAUUUUUAAGCGGGUACUAGACAAUAUCUUAAUGAUCUCUGGUGAUAAUUUUGGUGCUAAUCAUCCAAUAACAGAACUUUUUAAAUUCCUAGUGUUACUACGUACCCAUUCGUAUAAUGACUAUCAUGAAAGGGAACCUAUCCAAAAAUCAAAUAACAACGAUGAACUGAUCAAGAAUUUGGAAAAGGAUCUAAAAUUUUAUAAAGAUAAAUAUGAAGUUAUUAAAAACCAACUAUGGGAGUUUGAGAAACAGAUUGAAUUGAUUGGCAAACUGGACAGAGUGAUUUAUGGAAGGAUUGGAAAAAAACUUAAUACUGGGAGUUUAAGGAAUUAA